AUGAAAGAAGAGCAGUCAGCACACUAUGAGGAGAAGAGCAGUGAGCAGAACGACUGGAGUCAGUCUGAGAGACGUUUGAGGAGGGCAGAACACGACGAGAUCUUGUCGGAGAGCUGGCAGGCAGGAGGCCAUGGUCCGACCCAGCUGCCGUCCACCACACAGAACGAAGCAGGGAGUGUAAUCACCAAGGGAGUGAUCCAUGACCUGGCGGCCACCACCGUGUGGGACUCAUGGAGGGAGAAGCGGAUCAAUGCUGAAUUCUUCUACGAGUAUCUUCGCAACAGUCAGUGCACCUGCGCAGGCUGGUCAUACGACAUGCGCCGGGUGGCGCAAGAGAUCAUACCGGAGAAGCUGUGGUUGGGGCCUCUUGCUGCAGCAAGGAAGUACUCGGCACUGAUGUCUUGCGGCAUCACGCAUAUUGUGCUGGUGCGUUCUCCAUUGGAGAAAAUCGUGCGCCCAAUGUUCCCCGAUCACAUUUCAUAUUAUUGCAUGGAGAUCAGCGAAGAUGACGAUCUGCAGAGGAAGUGGAUAGAGGCCAUCACCUUCAUGCGGGCGGCUGAGAACGGCAAACUGCUUGUCCACUGCCUGACGGGACUGACGCACAGUGCUGCUCUUGUGAUCGCCUACUUGAUCGCUCGCUUCCGCAUCGGCCGCGUGCAGGCUGUCGAGUACGUGAUUCGUCGCCGCGCCUGCAUUCAUCUCACCGAGCCCAUCCCACGCCUGCUCCAUACCUUCUCGCACACCUUUCUUGUGGCGUAUCGACUGGCUGUAGGCAUGGGGUCGCACAAGCGACUCGGCGUCGAUUCUCCCCUGUACACUCUUGGGAACGGAGAGCUUCUCCAGUACAUUGUGACAUUAGCUUUUGAUUUUUGA